UCACCCUUAUGUUUUACUUGCCUUUCAAUGUACAUUACAUUAAUGUUUUUAAUAAGACAACUUAUUUAGUUCCUUGUGUUGUUGAAAGCUUUCAUGGCCGGAAUCAGUGGGUUGCUGUGUUUUCUGGGCUGUAUGGCCGUGUUCCAGUAGCAUCCUCUCCUGACGUUUUGCCCUCAUCUAUGGCAGGCAUCCUCAGAGGUUGUGAAGUCUGUUGGAAACUUUCCUCUUUGAAAGUUCUUUAUUUCCUUUGGCCACUAGAGAGUUAAUAAUUCAGCAAUGGAAAUGAGGAAAUGCACUGAACAUCACAUUGCAGUAUGCAAAAACAAGGGACUUUGCUCUCUCCGAAAGUUUAUACAAAGAGUCAAGCAACUGAAUGGAGACUUGUACAUAAAACAGUUAUGGUUAAUAUUUAUUUGCUGUACUAAUGCUGUAACAUAUGGAGUGAUGCACUGAGUUGAAUGAGACAUCGGUUCUGAAGGGUAGAAUAUAUACUGUAUGUUGUAUUACUGUUUUGCAGUUGUGUUAGUUUAUUUGUAGAUGGUGUUUGUUUUAUUUAUUGUGUUUCAGGGUGAUGUUUUCAAAUGCAUUUUGUUUGAAAAAUAAAGUCCUGUGCUUUCAACAGUAAUUAGUUUUAAUUUAAAAUGAGAACAGUCUUGGCUCCAGAUGAAGAAAUACACUGCCAUUCUUGCCUCAGGCAGAAACCUGUCAUCGCUCCCUUCCCUCUCUGUACAUGCUCAGAGGCGCACUCACUGGCUUCGCCCACAGUCUGAUCUAGCUGAGAAACAGCUUUGUCAGGACUUUGUCACCAAUCUUGCUCAGGUUUCGGUUGCAACAUCAGGCCUUGGAGGCAGGCGGCAACUUUCUCUCUCUCUCUCUCUCUUGUUAGGGUAUGGCAUGUAAUAUAUUGCAGCCAGAUGGGGGAGCAGUAAGAAAAGAUGUGAGUAUUGACAGCAAAGAGGAAAAGGAAGCGGAGUGACAGAAGGGGGGAGAAAGGAAGGAGAAAACAUACAUACACACAGCACACUUAUAUAUGCAACACUUACUCAUACACCCAACACACACACCGAGCAAUGGGAGCUGCCCUUGGUUGGCUUUUCUAGUAUCUUAAGUGUGUCAUCAUGCCAGAUGAAAUCCACCCAGGAAAAUUUAUUCUGAUCUUUCUCCAGGAAGGGAGGCAUCCUUUGAGGAUUCCAGAUCUGACAGUUUGGGGAUCUACUGUUGAUUCUUGCAAGAUCGGGCUUCCUUCCAUGCACAACCAACACAUCCAGCAGUGUCAACGGCAGUUAUUCUUGAUCUACAAAGGAACCAGAUAGAAUCCCAAAGAAUGGCUCCCCCGUGCCUUCUGUCCAUCUUGCUCCUUUUGAUGCUGUGCUCCCUGGGAGCCUCCUUCCGGAUCUGUGCCUUCAAUGCUCAGCGCUUCGCCCAAGGGAAGGUGGAGAAAGCCCACGUCAUGGACAUUUUUGUCAAGAUCCUGGCUCGUUGUGAUAUUGCUGUUUUACAAGAAGUGAUGGAUGCAAAGGGAAAAGCCAUUCCUGCUUUGGCAGCAGCCCUGAAUCAGUUUGAAAAUGGGGCCGAUAUCUACAGCUACAUCACCAGUCCUCUACUGGGUCGGAGCAACUAUCAAGAACGCUAUGUAUUCUUUUACAGGAAUAAGAGAACACGGGUGUUGGACUCUUAUAAAUAUGAAGAUGAACAUCCAGAGCGGCCUGAUGUCUUUGCGCGUGAGCCCUUCAUUGUGCGCUUCAGCUUGCCAAACAAAGCACUUCCUGAGCUGGUGCUGAUCCCACAACAUACAAUGCCCUCCAAGGCUGAAGCUGAAAUUGAUGCACUCUAUGAUGUUUUCCUGAAUGUGAAAGAACGCUGGAAUACCAAGGACAUGAUUUUCUUGGGUGAUUUCAAUGCAGACUGUGGCUACGUGGCAAAGAAACGUUGGGGGAAUAUCCGCUUACGUCAAAAGCCUGAGUUUCACUGGCUCAUUGGUGACAAAGCUGACACUACUGUUCGAGAGAACACUCGUUGUGCCUAUGACAGGAUUGUGGUGCAUGGUGAGCGCUGUCUGGAUGCAAUUGUGCCUGGUUCUGCUCAGCCUUUUGAUUUCUCCAAGGAAUUUGGACUCUCGGAGGAAAAGGCUUUGGAAAUUAGUGAUCAUUAUCCUGUUGAGGUGGAGCUGUAUUCAGCCUGUUGGGGACUCCAGCCAAUCCAACCAUUUGGUCUUUUCCUCUUGGCUAUAGCCAUGCUGUCUGGUACAGGACAUGGCAUUUGAAACUUUCCCAAAUCUCCCGGGAUUGUGACAUCUGUCCAAGAUUUGUAUCAAUUGCUAACUGCUGCCAAAGUUGACUCUAGCUCAUGGAGACCCUAUAAAUGAAAGAUCUUUGAGAGCCCUAAUCAUGAAAAGUUCUGCUCAGGUCUUGCAAACUCAGGACAGCCUUACUUCCUCAAUUCAACCAAUCUACAUGGGAUGUGAUCUUCUCCUUUUCCUACUGCUUUCUGCUUUACAAAGCAUUAUCAUCUUUUUACGUGGGUCUUGUCAUCUCAUCUGUCCAAAGAACAACAGCCUCAAAGGAGAUGGAUCCAUUUAAUUGGUGUAAUCCGUGUUUUGAAAAUGUUGAGUACUUCCAAAGGGACAAAAAUGCUCCUGUGAAAGAGUAGAGGAACAUGGAGAUGGCUACAGAAAAAGACAUAAUUGUCUGGCCCUCCCUUAAAAUUACUCAACUGGGACAAUGUGAUUGUAUAGUGAACGCCUCAUCUACAAGUGCCUGUUAUGUAAGUUUCUAGGAAUCAGGAUGGAACUGCCAGAUUUGCAUACUUCACUAUGUGUCAGACCACUGAGCAGCUGAGUGAAAUACUUUUAGAUCAUGGAUGGACUCCACUUGUCCAGGUUGUUCUUUGGAUCUCCUAAACAGAAAAGUAUCAAAGAAGGCUUCUAGUUAUCUUGGCAGACACCUCUCCACAAAAGUCAACAUUGACACUGAAAUACAACACUGCCUGAGCUCUGCAAGUGCAGCAUUUUUCCGAAGGAAGCAGAGAGUGUUUGACGAUCGGGACAUCUGUAGGGAUACCAAGGUGCUUGUUUAUAAAGGUAUUGUUCUCCCAACCCUGCUCUACGCCUACGAAACGUGGACCGUCUACAGAUGUCACACUUAACUCCUGGAAUGAUUCCAUCAGCGUUGCCUCCAAAGAAUCUUGCAAAUCUCUUGGGAAGACAGGUGGACAAAUGUCAGCAUGCUGGAAGAAGCAAAGACCACCAGCAUUGAAGUGAUGCUCCUACGCCAUCAACUCCACUGGACUGACCACGUUGUCCGAAUGCCUGAUCACCAUCUCCCAAGGCAGUUACUCUAUUCCCAACUCAAGAAUGGAAAACGGAAUAUUGGUGGACAGGAAAAGAGAUUUAAAGAUAGGCUUAAUGCCAACCUUAAAAAACUGUGGCAUAGACACUGAGAACUGGGAAGCCCUGGCCCUUGAGCACUCUAACUGGAGGUCAGCUGUGACCAGCAGUGCUGUGAAAUUUGAAGAGGCAUGAAUGGAGGGCAAAAGGGAGAAACAUGCCUAGAGGAAGGCACGUCAAGCCAACCCUGACCGGGACCACUUUCCAUCUGUUCUUCACUGUGGAAGAACAUGUUGGUCAAGAAUAGGGUUCCACAGUCACCUGCGUACCCAUUGCCAGAACACUGCACCUGGAAGGCAAUCAUCCUCAGACAACGAGGGAUCACUUAAGUAAGUUAUGCAAGUUUCUAGGAAUCGGGAUGAACCUGCCAGAUCUGCAUUCUUCACUAUGUGUCGGACCACUGAACAGCUGAAUAAAAUACUUUUAGGUCAUGGAUGGACUUCACUCAUCCAGGUUGUCCUUUGGAUCUUCUAAACAGAAAAGUAUCAAAGAAGGCUUCUAGUUAAGCAAGGUUCAGUUGAACAUGUCUUCUGGACUCAUUGAAAAUACAGAAUUAUAGCACAAUGAUUCUAGUCUGACUGCCAUAGCUCCAUCCUACAGAAUUUUGGGAUUUGCAGUUUUGGAGAGGGGCCUUUAGAAUGCUCUGCCAGGAAGUUCUUCUGGUGUCUUUGACCAAACUAUAAACCCCAGACUACAUCAAGAUAUAGCAAUGGCAGUUGAAAUGGCAGCCAUGUGUUAACACAAGUCAGCUAGUCUUACCAUUAAGCAGAGGAAGAUGUUUGUCUCAGGUCGCCGCUUUUUGAGUGGUAUAAGAAGGCUAGCAAAUCCUUCAUUGUUUAAUUUCGGAUGAUUUAGACUUUCUUUGUUUUCACUGCCAUAAAAAGCGCCAGUUGUAUCUGCCUCAAAUUACAAAAUAACGGAUCAAAGUACUAAUGCACCUUGGCUUUGCUGGGAAGAGGUUGCUUCCUCAUCCACAGCACACUGUUUUGCACUGUCAUGAAUCCGAAUUCUGGUCCCUGCCAGGGAUCUGCGUGUGUUUUCAAAGGUUCUAAUCUAGUUGGUUCAGGCUCCCAGGAUGAGUUCUAGUAUUCUAUGCAAUUCCAAUCAGAGAGAACUAUAAUUCUAAGGGAGUUAUGCUUUGCUUGCAGAAGGUCCCAUUUUUCCCAUCUCCAGCUAGGACACAGGGUAAAUCUAUACUAUAGAAUCAAUGCAGUACUAAUUGCCAUGGUUGAAUGCAAUGGAGUCCCAGGAUGUAUAGCUUGGUGGGACACCAACACUCUUUGGCAAAGAAGGCUAAAGACCUUAGAGCAGGGGUCCCCAAACUUUUUAAACAGGGGGCCAGUUCACAAUCCUUUGGACUGUUGGAGGGCCGGACUAUAGUUGGCCACCGAGCAAUAAUAAUUAAUAAUAAUAAUAAUAAUAAUAAUAAUAAUAAUAAUAAUAAUAAUAAUGAUUGGAAGAGACCCCUUGAGCCAUUGAGUCCAAUCCCCUUCUGCCUUAGUGCACAAAAGGAACAAGAAAAGCACCCCUGACAGAUGGCCUCCCAGUCGCAAUGUUAAUAAUAAUAAUAAUAAUAAUAAUAAUAAUAAUAAUAAUAAUAGACCCUUGGGCGAUUGAGUCCAAUCCCCUUGUGCCUUAGUGCACAAAAGGAACAAGCAAAGCACCCCUGACAGAUGGCCUCCCAGCCUCAAUGUUAAUAAUAAUAAUAAUAAUAAUAAUAAUAAUAAUAAUAAUAAUAAUAAUGAUUGGAAGAGACCCCUUGAGCCAUUGAGUCCAAUCCCCUUCUGCCUUAGUGCACAAAAGGAACAAGCAAAGCACCCCUGACAGAUGGCCUCCCAGCCUCAAUGUUAAUAAUAAUAAUAAUAAUAAUAAUAAUAAACCCUUGGGCGAUUGAGUCCAAUCCCCUUCUGCCUUUGUGCACCGAAAGAACAAGCAAAGCACCCCUGACAGAUGGCCUCCCAGCCUCAAUGUUAAUAAUAAUAAUAAUAAUAAUAAUAAUAAUAAUAAUAAUAAUAAUAAUGAAGAGUGUUGGAAGAAACCCCUUGGGCCAUUGAGUCCAACCCCCUUCUGCCUCUGUGCACCAAAAGCACAAGCAAAGCACCCCUGACAGAUGGCCUCCCAGCCUCAAUAUUAAUAUUAAUAUUAAUAAUAAGGGUUGUAAGAGAAGAAGAGACCCGUUGGGUCAUUUAGCCCAACCCCCCUUCUGCUCUUGUGCCGUGGGGGCCGGAUUAAUGGCUUCGAUGGGCCGCAUCCGGCCCCCGGGCCUUAGUUUGGGGACCCAUGCCUUAGAGUCAUAGAAUCAUAGAAAUUAAGGAGACCUUGUGGGCCAUCCAGUCCAAACCCCUGCCAAGAAGCAGGAAAAUUGAAUUAAAAUCACCCACGACGGAUGGCCAUUCAGCCUCUGUUUAAAAACCUCCAAAGAAGGAUCCUCCACCACCUUGUAAAACUACAGUUCUCAUGUUUCCAUAGCAUUGAGCCACAGCAAUUAAAGUGGUGUCAAACUAUUUUUAAAUAAGAGGUGCCACCUUAUUGUGUAAUUGUACAUAAUGGUGUUUGAACACUCAUGAAUGUUGUUAUCCAAGAAUGAUCCUGGAAGCAGAUACCGAGGGGCCCACUGUAUAAUGAACUAUAUAUUGCUUCCAAAUGUGCACAAAAGCUAAACAACACAGUUGGCAGACAAAAAAGUAGCACAUGACUGUAGAAACAUGUGGAAGGUUGUGAAAACAUAAUAAUAUAGGUUGAAGGAGAAGGCUAUGUGUUGAAUAUAUAGGUUCACAAUAAUGGUUCAAAACAUAUGUACAGUAGAGUCUCACUUAUCCAACACUCGCUUAUCCAAUGUUCUGGAUUAUCCAACACAUUUUUGUAGUCAAUGUUUUCAAUAUAUCGUGAUAUUUUGGUGCUAAAUUCAUAAAUACAGUAAUUACUACAUAGCAUUACUGCGUACUGAACUACUUUUUCUGCGAAAUUUGUUGUCUAACAUGAUGUUUUGGUGCU